UAUGAAUGGAUUCAUGUACUAUAAUGAUCAUAACACUUAUGCAACAAUAUAAUUAAAAACAAAUGGCCUCGAUGCUAAAAUCAUUAUUGUUUCUUUUUGUGAUCGCUAUCUUCACCACCAUAAGCCCCUCAAAGGCUCUCAGCCGAAACUUUUACGCCAAUAUUUGUCCGGACGUCGAAGAGAUGGUCAGAGAAGCGGUUGAGAAGAAAGCGAAGGAAACGUUCAUCACGAUUCCCGCAACCCUUAGAUUAUACUUUCAUGAUUGUUUCGUGAAUGGAUGUGAUGCGUCGAUAAUGAUAGCCUCAACAAAACAGAACAAAGCUGAGAAGGACCACGAGGAAAAUUUAUCGUUGGCCGGAGACGGGUUUGACACGGUAAUAAAAGCUAAGAAGGCCGUGGAUGCCGUUUCUAACUGCCGUUAUAAAGUCUCUUGCGCCGAUAUCCUGACGAUGGCCACUCGGGACGCCAUUUAUCUUAUGGGCGGACCCUAUUACGAAGUUGAACUGGGAAGGUACGAUGGUGUAACCUCGACAGCCGAUAGCGUGGAAGGGAAUUUGCCACUGCCGACGGACGACGUCAACAACCUGACUGCUCUCUUCGCAAAAAAGGGACUAGACGUCGAUGAUAUCAUAGUUCUUUCAGGGUCCCACAGGGUGGGAGUGGCCCACUGUACCAGUAUUUCACACAGGCUAUAUGGCGAAGACUCGACGAUGCCGAUCGAUCCAGUAUAUGCAUCAAAUCUUAGAAAAGCAUGCCCAAAAGACGUUGACCGCAACAAGUUCGUUUUCAUGGUCCCGAACUCUUCGAAUGUGUUUGAUAAUGCAUAUUAUCGAAAUCUGAAAGAGCUGAAAGGCGUUUUUGAGUCGGACCAGGCUCUCUACACCGACCCGCGCUCAAAGCCAUUUGUUGAAGAACUCGCGACUGAUGGUCAAUUGUUCCACAGAGCCUUUGCACGCUCAAUGAUUAAGUUGGGAAGGGUCGGCGUGAAAACGGUCAGCAACGGAAAUAUCCGCCGCCGUUGCGACGCCUUUAACUGAAAUUUGAGAGAAUAUGUAACUUGGGGCCUAAGUAAAGUACCCAUCAUAUCUAUAAUGUAAUAAAGUCUAUAAAGACCCAAAUAUUUAUUUUUAAAAAUGGGCCUGUCUAUGUUCGGCCCACUUAACUUCUCUGUUUUAACGAUUAACUUA